GAAAAAUUUGACGGCUACAGUAAAUGCUACCGCUACGAUUUUAAUUGGACUGGUGUUCUUGAUUUAAAUUACUAUGAUAUAAAUACACCAAAUGAAACCUGGUCCUACACAAAGUGUGAUUUUGGAUGGGAAUACAAUAAAUCGGUAGUAUCGUCAUCUAUCGUCAUUGAUUUUGAUUUAGUAUGCGAUAAGGAUAUUUAUCCAACAAUUGGUUUAUCGGCUCUAAACGUUGGAGGUCCGAUAGGAGUUUAUCUAUUUGGGUUACUCAACGAUAGAAUGGGAAGGCGCACAUCGUAUUUUACUUGCUUAGCUACAUUACUCUUUGGUAGCCUAUUAACAUCUAUAAGUAGAGAUUUUUGGACUUGGGCUGGAAGCAGAGUAGUAGUAGGCUUGACUAUACCUGCAGUGUAUCAAAUCCCAUUCAUUAUAUCAUUGGAACUCGUGGGAGAAAAUUAUAGAUCGUUUGUGACUGUAAUGACUUGUACUUUUUAUACAACAGGCAUUAUGUUAUUGUCAUUAAUUACUUACAUGGAACGCGAUUGGGUGAAACUUUCUUUGUACACUUCCGUACCGUUUACUUUAUAUUUUUUAUACAUUUUUAUAAUGCCGGAAUCACCUCGAUGGUUAUUAAUGCGGGGUCGUUUAGAAGAAGCACUUAAAGUCUUAGAAAACAUGGCAAAAAUAAACGGCAGAAAACUACCAAACAAAAUUAAAACUAAUUUGGAAGCGAAAAUAGCUCAAAAAAAAGAUUCGAAUAAGAAUACCGUCAAUGUGGGAGUAAUUGACUUAUUCAGAACGCCGAACAUGAGACUAAAGACUAUUUUGAUAACAUUAAGUUGGUUUGCUAAUGAAACCGUGUAUUUGGGAUUAAGCUAUUAUGGUCCAUCAUUAGGCAAUGAUCAGUACUUUAGCUUCUUUUUGUCCGCGGCAGUCGAAUUACCAAGUUACGCAUGUUGCUGGUAUUUAAUGGACACUUUUGGACGUCGCUGGCCUUUAAGUUUGUCUAUGAUUUUAGGAGGAGCUGCUUGCGUUAUAACUGUUUCGAUUCCAGAAGAUGCAAUUAAUGAAACUUUAGUUAUAUACCUCAUUUCGAAAGCUUUACUUUCAGCCUCGUUUUUAAUUAUUUAUCCCUUUGCUGGCGAAUUGUAUCCCACCCAAGUUCGAGGUAUCGGAAUCGGAGCCUCAAGUUACAUUGGCGGACUUGGUUUGGUUGUAAUCCCUUUUGUAACAUAUUUGGGAAGAGAUAAUCUAAAACUUCCUCUCGUCAUAAUGGGGAUAAUAUCAAUGAUUGGCGGGCUCACAAGUUUAAGAUUACCCGAAACCCUUCAUGAACGGCUCCCUCAGACUCUUGAGGAGGGCGAGAGUUUCGGAAAGGAUUGGUCAAUAAAGCGAUGUUUCAGUUGUUAUUCAACACAGAAAUUAGUAUCAAAACAAGAAUCGUACGAAAACCUUCAUGUCCUUUCCUCCAAAAUAAGUAGUGACUCCAAAUCAUCAAAUCAAUACCCGAUAGCAAUCGAUCGGUCUGAAGGAGCUUCAAUAAAACGUUUAGUGCGGCAAAUGAGCGUCAUGGAUACUCAGAGAAAUAUUGACGGAACAAUGCAGCUAACCCAUUGGAUUUAAACUGUUUAAAAUCAAAUCAUAAUAAUGUCAAUAAAAUUGAAAUAUGUGUAAUAAGCAAAAGGAAAAUAA